AUGACCAAGCCUGUUCUCGACCCGGUGCCAAUUGAGAAUAAUUCUUGCAUUCUGCACUUGCUUGAGGGGUACCGAGAGCUCCAAGAACAGCUGCGUGUGACCGAGAAGGCAUUGGCGGAGGAGAAGGAGACCAAGGAGCGUAGCCUCGAAGAGUUCGCCAAGGUGUCAUCCGAAUGGGAGAAGAAAGAGACAGACUUCCGCGCCGAGAUCAAGCGCAUGGAGUUGGUCCUUGCCGACAUUGCUCCCGACGGUGUUGGCGCGGUCGCCCUCGCGCGAUCCGGCAGUAUCGUGGACAGAAGCAGCAGGUCAUCCCGGCUCUUCAAAGCCAGGGUAGAGAAGGCCAAGAGUCCUACAAAAGGUGAGGAGAGCUCUAUCGCAGUUUGUCCUAGCUGUCUGAACACUGACGGAUUCCGAUACAAAGCGCGUGAUCCUGACGACACCGCCGCUCUGGAGAAUACCCUUGAUUCCGACGCGACGGGCAGUCCGCGUCUGUCGAUGCGCCCAAACCUGGACAGUAACGCGGAUGCCGAGUUGAGCGAAAAGAUGAGGAAAGCCCAGUUGAGGCGGUUUUGGGACACCAAGUACGAUCCACGAAAGACGCCCGGCAGAGCCGACUUGACAUCAUGCCACACCUCGAAUAAGCCCAUAAAUCACCAUAAUCGAUGUCACUCCACUGCCAAGUCGCUUCCCAAAGAAGAAACUACUAUGCAAAACAACAUCGCGGAUGACCCGGAUUCAACUAGCGAAGUGACGGUCCUGCAUAUGAACGAGGAUGUGCCGGCCGGUCCCAACGAUCGAGCUGUUAACGGGAGACUUGAAACCAUACCCACUAAGGCGACAGUGAACGGUCUAUUGGGCGAAAACCCGGAUGCCUCGACGCAGACUGGCGGUGGCCUGCGAUGUAAACGCGAAGUCAGCCGCCACAAGAGAGAAUUUUCAUUCGAUCCAGGAGAGGACGGCAUUCUCCUAUUGCCCUUGGCAAACCAAAACCCCCAUGGAACCAUCGAACAGUCAUAG